AUGAAAUUAAGAAAACAGGUGGACGGAUGCAUCGCCAGCUUGGUUAACAUGCUGGUAGUGUGCCACGCUGUGAUGCAGAACGAAGCUAUACUUGCCUUAACACUAUUAGCGAUGGAGUCGUUGAAUAAAUCGCCGGUAGACGACCCCGAUGACUUCGACUGCGAGGAGAGCUUUAUCUCUCAGCUGAUAAAGUCGGAAAUAGGUAAGCACGUCGCGGUGUUGAUAGAUACGAACUGUGCUAAAAUGCCGAUAGAAGUAGCGGAGAAUCUGCUAGCGUUCCUCGAUAUAACGUCGAAAAAGAACGAUAUCGCUCUCGAUUAUAAAAACGCUAAAGUGCAUGAAUCAUUGAAAAAGUUCAACGAUGCACGGAAAGACUUCAGUGACGACCUAAAAGUCUGCAUCGGCAGCGUGGCGAACGUCAUAUCAAACAAUUGUUAG